AUGUUCAUUACUGCGUUCAAGCCAAACUUGGAGCGCUCGAAGUUUAAAGAGCUCGACUGCAUCAUCGAGCUCGAGGGGCUAGAGUCCUUGGAGCUCGAAUGGCCCCAAUGCUUGGAGCUCGAGGGCAUCGAAGAGCUCGAGUGCUUCAUAGAGCUCGAGGAGCUGGACUUCGACGAACUCAACGACGAGCUUGCCGGCGAUGAGCUCACUGGCGACGAGCUUGACGAUGACGAGCUCGCAGGGGACGACGAGCUAGGCGACGAACUCGACGACGAGCUUACCGGUAACGAUGACGAGGACGAGGGCUCACAUGCUGGCGCACCACGCCGACUAUCGGUGGGGUCGCACGCCGAGGCCGAAGCCGAGGACGACACGGUAGACGACGACGGGGAAGCCGAGCCCGACGGCGAGCUAGAAGUGCUCGAAGAGCUCGAAUGCUUCAUGGAGCUCGAGUCGCCGCCGGGGCUCUUCGAUGACGAGUGCUCAGAGCUCGAAUGCUCAAAGCUCGAGUGCUUCGAGCUAGACGGGCUCGAGUGUUCAGAGCUCGAGUGCUUCAAACUAGACGGGCUCGAGUGCUCGGAGCUCGAGGGGCUCGAUGAGCUGGACGUCGACGAACUUGAUGACGAAGUGGGUUCACAUCCCGGGACUCCGUGGCGACGGUCGGAUGGGUCGCAUGCCGGGGCUAAAGACGAUGACGACGAGCUAGACAAAGACUUAGAAGCCGACUUAGACAAGCUCUCCGACGAAGGGGUUACAGAGUUAGUCGAGGACUCGGAGAUAGGAAUGGGAAUGGGGACCCCGUUCGAAGAGAUCGACGAGGCAGACGACGUCUUGGACGGUGAUUUGGAAUAA